AUGGACGACGAGGAAACUAUCUGGAUAAAUCUUCCUAAGUUUAGUGAGAGAUACGUUGGUGGGGUAGAGGCAUUCAUUCAAAAUGCAUUCCCCAAAUUUUCCGUAGGUGAUGAAAUAACCUGCCCUUGCAAGAAUUGUAAUAACCGCAAGUGGUAUAGGGCAGAUGUGAUCUACAAUCAUCUUAUAUGUAGUGGUCCAUCCACAUUAUAUGCUAAUUGGGUUUAUGAGGUUUCACUUAGAUCUGAUAGAGAUAGUGAAGAUCUGAUAGAUUGUGAAACCAACAUAAAUUUUGGAGAUACCCUAGAUGAGAUGCUGCAUCGUACUAAUGGACCAAAUGAUGAUGUCAAAAAUGUUUUUCGCCAUGUUCAGGAGGGAAAGCAGCCUUUGUAUCCAGGCUGUGCAAAGUUUUCGCGAUUAAGUUUUAUCGUGAGACUUUAUUCCUUAAAGUGUGCUCAUGGGAUUUCAGAGUCGGGAUUUGGGGAUAUACUAGGGUUGAUAAGGGAAGCUUUUCCACAGGCACACAUACCAUUAUCUUUCAAUGCUGCGAAGAAUAUCAUUAGAGAUCUAGGACUUGACUAUAAAAAAAUACACGCUUGUCCUAACAAUUGCAUGUUGUAUUGGGGUGAGAAUGAAAAAGAAAAUUCCUGCAAAACUUGUGGUGUUUCGAGGUGGAACAUAGUGGAAAAAGAAGGGACGAGCAACAAUGAUCCAAAGAAGUUGAUUCAUAAAGUGCCGAAAAAUGUCAUGCGCUAUUUUCCACUUAAGCCAAGACUACGACGAAUGUUUAUGUGCGAGGAGUUUGCAGAACUUAUGACAUGGCAUGCUUUGGGACGGAAAAAUGAUGGCAAACUUAGACAUCCAGCUGAUAGUGAUACUUGGAGGGCAAUGGAUGCUAGGUAUCCUCAUUUCUCGUCAGAAACUAGGAAUAUAAGGUUGGGUGUUGCUGCUGAUGGAUUCAAUCCUUUCCGAACAAUGAAUACUUCACACACCACCUGGCCUAUUAUUUUGGUUAACUAUAACUUGCCUCCUUGGUUAUGUAUGCGUCAAGAAAACCUUAUUCUUUCAACCCUCAUUUCUGGCCCGGAAUCUCCAUCCAAUAACAUUGAUGUUUUUAUGCAACCUCUUAUUAGUGAGUUAAAAGAGUUAUGGGAGGAAGGGAUAGAAACCUAUGAUUCGUUUACUAGUCAGAAUUUUAGGUUACGUGCUGCUGUGAUUUGGACCAUAAGCGAUUUUCCCGGAUAUGCAAUGUUAUCCGGUUGGAGCACCAAGGGCAAAUUGGCUUGUCCAGUUUGUAACUACGAGACCUCCUCAAUGUACCUAAAGCAUAGUAGAAAAAUAUGCUACAUGAAUCAUAGGAAAUUUCUGGAUCCCGAACAUAAGUGGCGGUUUGAUAAAAAAAGAUUCAAUGGUGAUGUCGAAAUGGGAGGGUGCCCUGAAAUUUUAACAGGAUCAGACAUUGAGGAAUUGCUAUCAGGCUACAUAAAUCACUUUGGGGGGGAUCCGCACUUACGAAAAAAGCGUAAGAUUGACUCGCCUUUCAAAAAGAAGUCAAUAUUUUUUGAUUUACCUUAUUGGAGUCACAAUUUACUUCGGCAUAACCUUGAUGUUAUGCACAUCGAAAAUAAUAUUUGUGACAACAUAAUUGGUACGUUACUGAAUAUUGCUCACAAGUCAAAAGACCACGUCAAUGCUCGAUAUGAUUUACAAGAUCUCGGCAUUAGAAAGGAGCUUCAUCCCAUUGAAUCUGGCGAUGGGACGCGUGUUGAAAUUGCUGCUGCCAUUUUUGAUUUGACAAAGGAGGAGAAAGAUAUAUUUUGUGCAGUUCUGAAAAAUGCAAAACUGCCACAUGGUUGUGCAUCGAACAUUAGCCGUUAUGUGCACACGAAGGAGAGAAAAGUAUCGGGCUAUAAGAGCCAUGAUGCUCAUUUUAUGUUGCACUAUUUGUUACAGUUCGCCGUGAAAAAAUCAUUGAAACCUGAGGUCGCAGUCCCUUUAAUUAGAUUAGGGGCAUUUCUAAGAGGUAUUUCGGCCAAAGUCAUUGACUUGAGUGAAAUUUCUAGGCUGCAGAAGGAAAUAAUUGAAAUUCUUUGUCAAUUUGAGACAAUUUUCCCUCCAGCCUUUUUUGAUGUUAUGGUGCACUUGCUAGUUCACUUAUGCAGAGAAGUACAACUGGGUGGACCAGUGAAUCAACGCUGCAUGUUUGGAAUUGAGAGAUAUCUCAAUAAAUUAAAGUCAUAUAAUCGCAAUAGAAGCAAGCCUGAGGGCUCCAUUGCUGAGGGUUAUCUGGCUGACGAGUGCUUAAUAUUCUGCUCACGAUUCUUGAAUGGUAAUGAGGGAGCAACACAACUCAGAAGCUGUCCACAAAAACAAGAAUUUCCUAUUGGCACGAGAAGAAACAAAGAUGGAACAGCUGUUCACUUAGAAGAAUCUGAGUUAAAAGCAUGUCAUCAGUACAUUUUAUUCAAUUCUGCCAGCAAAGAAAUUGAAAGUUUGAUUGAGUAA